CACUCAUCUCCCUCACCAUUCACAACUCACAACCUCUCUUCAUUCUUCCCCCACUUUCCCCUCACUCACUCUUUACUUAUACAACAAACAAGACUUUCUCCAUUAAUUCUAAAAUUGAAAACAAGAAAAACAUUAAAAUGGAAGGCUCUGAUUUCUUUGUUGAGGAUUUGCUUGAUUUAUCCAACGGAGGAGAUGAAAUGAUGACCGACACUUUCAUUGAUUCAUUCACUGGUCAUUCUACCGAUUCUUCUUCUCUUACACCUGUUUCCGAUACCUGCAAUUCUUCUGUUUCUCCUUCUUUUCCCGAAGCUUAUUUUUCCGGCACCGACAUUUGUGUUCCGUAUGAUGAUAUGGCUGAGUUGGAAUGGCUCUCAAAUUUCGUAGAAGAAUCCGAUUUGCACAAAUUACAAUUCAUUCCUACUAAUGUGUCUAACCAGCCCGGCCCAUUACAAUCCGGGCCGAACCCACCGACAAAUGUCCCCGCUAAGGCCCGAAGCAAGCGGUCCCGCAUUGCCCCAUGUGAUUUUUCAACAAGGUUACUCAUUGUUUCAUCACCUUCCCCUGCCACAUCCUCCUCCGAGACCGGGCUGAAUCCAAGCCCAGGCCCAAAAAAGCAAUCAUCGAAGCGUAGAGAAAAUGGUGCUGGGCCCGAGUGUGGGCCCGGGGAAGUGCGAAGGUGUCUACAUUGUGCGGCCGAGAAGACGCCCCAAUGGAGGACCGGGCCCAUGGGUCCGAAAACAUUGUGCAAUGCGUGUGGGGUUCGAUACAAGUCGGGCCGGUUAGUACCAGAGUACCGGCCCGCAGCGAGUCCCACAUUUAUAUCCACAAAGCAUUCGAAUUCGCAUCGAAAAGUAAUGGAGCUCCGAAGACAAAAGGAGGUCCAUAGACAUCACCAUCAACAUCAUCAUCAACAACAACAACAGUUUAUUGGUAAUGGUGGAAAUCAUAUUAUGAUGGCUGGUGGAGAAGAUUAUUUCAAUUAUCAUCAUUAUGUGGGAGGAACUGAUUACCGGCAAAUGAUAUGAUACUUCAACAAUUUUCACUCUAAUUUGGGUUUUAAUUUUUAAUUAGUGUUACUAAUUUUGAUUUUAGAUUGGACUUUUCUAAAAUUAUUUUUGUUAUUAUUUUUCACCUCUUUUUGACAAUUUUAGAUAAUUGAGAAAAUUUUUAAUAGGGUUUAUUAAAUUAUUUUUUUUGCAAUAGUAUAUUAAAAUGUCCCUUUUCCUUUAUUUCAUUUUCAAUAUGGGAAAAUAAGUAAAGUAGAGUGAAUUAGAAGCAAGACAAUACAAGUGAUGGAAAUUGUCAUUAGAGACCUUAGUACUCAUGUAAUUGGAGAUUAGCUUAAUUUCUCUAUUUUUUAUCAUAAAUUCAAAGUUUUAGAAUUUUGUAACUUUUCUUCUUAAUUGAUGACAAAUUAAGAGUCUAAUAGAAGCUAAGGCACGAACCUUCGCUCUUUCUCAUAAAUUUAAUUAUUAAAUUAAAAUAUGUAUAAAAUUACCCUUUCUGUAUUAUGGGGCAUGUAAUUAGAGGUUAUAAAAAAACAUUAAGAGUAUA